UUUAUUUGUUCAUUUGUUACCUCAAUGCAGAAAAUGAGGAAUGGCGCCCCCUGGCAUUCUAUUUCUCUGUUGGUCAUCCAUCUGGCUCCCGGCAUGCACUCAAACUCUUCACAAGAUGUUAUAACAGUGUUUAUAUAAUAUUAAAGUCAGUGAAACAGACGGAUGGAGGGAUGCCAGGGGCUCCAUAGUGGUAUUAACAGGAAUCGAGAGGGAGGGGGGACAAGCUGCCAGAGUUUAGUGGAUGAGAGGAAACAUUUGGUGAUGGGACAGGAUUAGAGGAUUACUGACACAGCUGAAUGCACUGAGAAUCUCCAUCAGCAUCAUCAUUCUGCCUUUGGUUCUCUCUCUCUGCCCAUCAUCUCCCCAACCGUCUCUGCCGAGCUGUCAUCCAGUGAAGUCAGAGGACACGUAGAGGUGGAUGAUCCAGUAUGGAGAUGUCUGGGGUCUGCAUCAGUAGAGGAGGCUGACUGGGAGGCUUGGCAAAGAGGACAGCAGAGUUAAACUACCAAGCUUCAUUCAACUUUCCACACUCUAACUGCUCCUCUGAACAAGCUGCCCUCACUCCUCUUGCUGUCUGGGGGGAAACAUGUGUCUCCCUUUCCUGGCUCUUCUCUUCUUCCUUCUCGCCUUUUAUUCCCCACCAUCCCUUUUUCCAUCCGUCGAUUGCUCGCGGUCAUGUCCACACCGCUGCAUCUGUUACGAGCACGCCGACCUGGUGGACUGCAGGGACCGUGGGUUCGAGCGCGUACCGGGAGGCCUCCCGCACAGCACGUGGCUGCUGGAGCUGGGUGGAAACAAUCUGAGCGAGAUUGGCACCAGAGCCUUCACUGGACUGUGGUCUCUGCGGGUGCUGGUGCUGACAAACAGCCAGAUACAAGAAAUGCAACCACAGGCAUUAUUCUCUUUGUCCUUCCUGGAGAAGCUGGAUCUCAGUUGGAACCAGUUAACAUCUCUACCUGUCGACUUCUCAAGCAGUCUAUCUGCUCUCAAGGAUCUGCGACUGGAGCACAACAACUUAUAUCAUAUACCUGUAUACAGCUUUGAGUAUCUGGACAACAUGGAGAAGCUGGACCUCAGUUAUAACCAGCUGGUGUUAGUUGGCCCCGGCGUGUUCAGGGGCCUCUCCAGGCUCAGACAGCUCUACCUGCAAAACAACAGACUGACUGCGGUGCAGCAGGGGAGCCUGGAUAUGCUGCCUGGACUAGAGGUGCUAGAGCUGAGUAACAACAACAUCUCUCACAUAGACACGGAUGCUCUAGCCCCUCUCUACAGCCUGGCGGUCCUCGCUCUGGAGGGAAACAACCUCCAUCACCUCAAGUUUAAGACCUUCAUCAGCCUUCAUACAUCAGCUACACAUAUCCAGCUGUCAGGCAACCCAUGGAGCUGCGACUGCGAUCUGCAUCGCGUCUUCAGUAAGAUCUUGCACGUUCGCCACCUCCACAUCGACGACUACCGCAACGUGACGUGCCAGGAUCCGCCGCAGCUCGCCGGGGCUUCGCUCGCCUGGGUGGACAGCCAGCUCUGCAUCGCGGAGACCGCCACCGUACUCGUCAUCACCAUCACCGUGUUGGUCACCGUGGUGGCGGCUCUGGUGAUGGCGGAGAGGAACAGGAAGAGGAACAGCGGAAAGAACUGGGACACCGAGUCACAGAAUCAAACUUCGAGCCCUCCAUCCUGAGAGUCCGCGUAACAAACAGCGAGAGGAGGAGGAGGAAACCCAACAAUAUAGAGACCCUGUGAGACUGAAGGGUGAACUCCCGGGUUCCUCUUGUGAUAAAGGAGACAUGCAGCUUACAAGAUGGCUGCCACAAAUGGACGAUUACUUGAAUUGACCGAUUCCCCUUUUCCUUUGAUAUUCAAACAGGCAAUAGUGUGUACUGUAUGUCUGAAAGGCCUGAAGAACACUACAAGUGUGGUUGGAGCACAAUUUCCAUACCUCUAAAGACAUUUUGACCUUUGACCUCUUCCCUGUAUGUCAUAAUAAUAUAACAGUGUUAAAUUGGUGCAACUUAUUUAACUUUCAAUAAUAAAAAGAAACAAAGCAUAAAGAAUUUAAGAUGUUGUUUGCCACUUUAAACCUUAAUUUAAAGUGAAUGAACAUUCAGUAACUAAUAACUAUAAAGAUCCGCGCAUAUUCUGUGUUUGUCUACGUUGACACAUUGGUCCUGUUAACCAUUUGUGAUGGGAAAAAUAAAAAACAGAUUUUUCAGGAGGC